CUCCAACGGCGAGGUCAGUGAGUUGCCUCGGUGGCACAGUACGCUUCUUUUUUUCCUCGCAAGGUGCCAGCUGAAGAAUCGUCGAUGAAAGCUCACAAAUCUCUCGUCUUCCUCGCUCAAGUCGUCAUCAGUGUCAUGGCUGAACGAAACGGAAACAAAGGCAGCAGUAAUUACGAACUGGACGUCGAGCGCCUUCGGAGGGUCCUCUUUCAAGAGAGGAACUACGACACCACGUCAAGGCCGACAAACAACACAUCUGAGCCGACCAUCAUAAAUGUUGACUUUUCCUUCAAGAACAUCAUGCACGUGAGAGGCGAAAGCGACUGGUUUACGGGCUUGUUCUGGAUGUGCGCGUCCUGGCACGACCACCGGUUGACUUGGAACCCGGAAGAGUUCGACAACAGGACUUUCCUCCACUUGCACGAGAGAGAAAUGUGGUCGCCCAACCUAGACGUCAUCAACGCGAUGGGUCACGAUUUUGACUACUGGAGGCACUUGCUCACUAUCCAAUCAGACGGCACUGCAUGGUUUUGCUUUUCUGCCAAGUUCAAAAUGCCAUGCCCCGCCCACAGUGCGACAUUUCUGACCGGAGAACAGGUUUGUACGAUUCGGGUGGUUACGCUGGAUACCCACGAGAGCAGCGAGGUGGCGCUGGUGGAAGGCAAGGACGUCUGGGAUCAAAUGCAGGAAGACGAAAACACGGAGUGGAUCAUGACCGACAUUUCGUACGGCAACUACACAGAGUACAACAGGCCGUUCCUGAACGUGUCGUUCCAUUUGCGGAGGUCCUUGAAGCGUCACCGCUACGCCAUCACCGUACCCCUGGUGGCCGUGACGCUCGUGAUGUUCUCCGCCUUUUGGAUGCCACCAGUAUCCGACCGCCGGCUUACGCUAGCAGCACUAAACAUCCUAAUCUUGGCGCUUAUGCUCGAAAGGACGACGGCCCGUCUCGGGCUGUCAGUGGCGACGUUGAACAUAAUGCUCUUCCUUGGUAUAGCGACGGUGGUGCAAGUGGUCGUCGCAACAGGAAACGUCUUGGCCCUGAACCUGCUGUCUUCUAGGGUGGGUGUUAAGGUUCCUGACGCCUUGCACCGGGCUCUGUCCGGAAAAGCCGCGGACAUUCUUUGCCUGUGCGACCAAGAACCGGAGACAUCGGCGAGACCAGAAGACGCGCAACAGCCACCGGCAUUCGACGAAUUUCACGAUCGGAGGAGGCGCUGGAUUCGAGCGGCGCAAGCUCUCGACCGGCUGUUCUUCAUCGUGCUCGGAUUCGCGGCUAUAGGUCUUUUGGCAUGA